GCAUUUUACAAAAUUUUCCAGUGGAAAAAAUGCUGAACUUCCUGCUCUACUCAAUGCUUUUCACAUCGUCAGCUGAAGCUAUCAAUUGUUGGAGUUGUGCCAGUGACAAUAUGAAGGAGAAUUUUCUCACAAAACAACGCGGACCCUCAGGCAGAGUUCAGCUACCGAAAACGUUCUCAGACGAUUGUAACGGAUCGACUAAUAUUAUAAAGGAUCGAAGUACAGACGACUGUGGUCCGGGUGGAAUGUGUAUGAAAUGGACACAGGCCGUCAAUAAUUCAGGUACAAUGAGCUGGAUGACGUUCCGCGGCUGCUACAACAAAAUGUUUAAUUUAAAUGAUCCAUCCGUGUUUAAACCACCAAAUCACAGUUUUUGCACACACUCUGAGGUCCCGCUGGCCUGCCUCUCAGAUUCUUCAGUUAUCGAGGACACGUGUUGGUGCCAGGGGAAUUUCUGCAAUUUUUCCGAGUCUAAUUUGAAUUUUAAAUUAAUUUUCGUGUUUUUCUCGCUUUUUUAUUUGAUUUUUCGAUGAAAAUCGGCUUUGAAACAUAUUAAUAAAUUUAUUAGACUUGUAAAUCAAAAUCG